GUUGUAAAAUGCUACUUAAUUCAACAGGUUAACGAAAACUCAAACAAAAUAGUUUGUCCACUUUUAGAAGUCCCAUAGUAGUUCCAUCGAGUUAAUAAGUUUCCCCUGUAGCUUCUGGACUCAAUAGUUUGAAAAAUCUUCAUAGUCCCAAAGGAUCUCAGAUUGAUGUCACCAACCUAACACGAUUAAUAAAAUCCACUAAAAUUAAUGAGGUAAUAUAGUUUAUAUAAGAUAGUCAGUAAAUAGCUAAUAGAUAUAAGCUUUACUUGCAAAAGCUAGGGAAAUAGCAAAAAUAACGACAGACUCUAAAUCCUAAGCAGCAAAAAAGCAUGUUAAAUUGCAGAGUUAAUAAUUUGUAAACUUUAAAGACUUGCUUCAUAAUUCUACCUCCACCAAGAUCUAACAAGAAAUGUUCUUCUGCAGAAAUUCAUUUAAUUUUGAGUUUGUCAUUGGAAUUGGUGGAUUUGGUAAAGUAUGGAAAGUUGAACACAAAAAAACAGGUUAAAUAUUUGCCAUGAAAGAAAUGUCAAAAGCAUUGUAUAAAUUCAGUGUUAUUUAGAAUUGUGACAAAGAAGAGUGUCCAUUCUGUUAUGAAUGAACGAACAUUAUUAAGUCAAUUGAAGCAUCCAUUGUUAGUUAAUAUGAACCUCGCUUAUUAGGAUAGAGAAAAUCUAUACCUAUUGAUGGACUACAUGAAGGGAGGUGACCUUAGAUAUCACAUAGGUAAAAUGAGGAAAUUUGAUGAAAACUCAACAAGUAUUGAUGCAAUACUAUUAUUAAGAGUUUUUUAUAGCCUGUAUUGUUUAAGGAUUAGAAUACAUACAUUCAAAUAAUAUAAUUCAUAGAGAUAUCAAACCUGAAAAUUUGGUACUUGAUGAUAAAGGAUAUGUGCAUAUUACAGAUUUUGGUAUUGCUAGAGUAAGCAAGGCUGAAAAUAGCUGUGAUACUAGUGGCACUCCUGGGUACAUGGGUAAAUAUGCAGCUUUACAUUUUAGCUCCUGAAGUUAUGUGUAAAUAGAAUCAUACUUAUGCAGUAGAUUAUUUUGCUGUUGGAGUGAUUGCCUAUGAAUUUAUGAUAGGGAGAGUAAUCUUAAUAUUCUAACUUAGAGACCAUAUGUUGGAAGAUCAAGACAAGAAAUUAGAGAUUAAAUUUUAGCCAAAUAAGUUUAAAUUAAAAGAAAUGAAAUACCUAAUGAUUGGUCUAUUGAAGCUGUUGAUUUCAUAAAUAGAGUAUGCUCAUACGCUAAUAUUUUAGCUACUUCAACGUAAACCAUAAAAUAGAUUGGGCUUCAAUGGAAGUUAAGAAAUCAAAGAGCAUCCUUGGUUUGCUAAUUUUGCUUGGGAUAAAUUAUAGAAUUAAUCAUUAGUUCCACCUUUCAUUCCUAAUGUAUGUGUACCAAAAUAUGUUAAAAGCAAACAGAAGAUAAUUUUGAUUAGAAAUAAAUUAUUGUUGAGGACGAAGAAAAUAAUGAGCUCAUCUAAUAAAACAUUUUAGUCUUGAGAGAUUAGCAUAUUUAAGGUACUUAUAUUUGUCAUAUGCGAAUAGAUCAAUUCUAAGGAUAUGAAUUUCAUUAAGGAUAUCAUUCUACUUCCACUGAAUAAUCUUCUGGUUCAUCGACUAAACAUAGCCGUCAUCUAAGUGAAAGAUUGCAAUUCUUUGAAAAAAAGAAAAUCAUAUGA